AUGGACUUCAUCGAUUCGUUUGUACGGGAUCUCGAGGGACUUCAUGGUGUUAGCAAACCCGAAAUAUCUUUGGCGGAAAUGUGGCGCAAUAGUUCUCCACAAUCUGACGCAAACAUAGAACUAUCUGACUAUCUGGAAACUGCUGGAACGCUACCGUAUUACAAGGACGCAUGUGCGAAACUAGACGAGUUCGUCGAAGGGUACAAGAAGAAAUUUCAUAAGACGCCGUUUUUUCAUCAGGCUUUGCGCUGA